AAAUGAAAGAGAGAAGUAAUCAAGUAUCAUUAAUGUUGUCAUUUUAUCAACCGGCCCCUGGCCCCUUGCCAUUUUCCUAAAGUGGCCCCCAGGUUCAGGUGUUUGAGUAUCCCUGAGUUAGGGUAUAGCUGAAGAUAUGUAAAGAUCAAGAUCAAUAAUCAUUGACCUGUGAUGCAGAACAAGCAGAACGUCCUUUAAUAAAAGUGUAAAACACGACUUGUGGCUUUCACAUCCCUUUCUCCCCCACCAAAGACAUCAAUGAAUUGGGUGUCCUCUGUCCUUUUCUGCGGUGAGGAGCACAAACAAAGGCCUCGGGGGGGAUCGGGCGGCUCAUUGUGCGAGGCCUGAUACAUAAAGCAGAGAGAAUAUGGGUGUUCCCCUUCUCAGAGGUUUAAGAUGUCAGCGAGCUGUGUGGUGGGGUGAGCUGGGCCAUUGUCCCGGGUCCCUGGGGUGGAGCAGGCAAGACACAGGUGGAGGAGAAAGACGUGGCAGAACCUGGCUGAAGACGGAGAGAAGGAGAGAGAGAUCCAGAGGAGGAGAGUCCUCGCUCUCAGCCCUGAUGAAAGCCUCCUAGACCACCAAGAGACGGGGAAACAUGCGGUUGCUGUGGUUGGUGUGUCUCUUCGCAGUGCUAGAGUCCUGCUGUGCACUCGCUGACCUCAAGUUUUGCGAGGCGGUGGGCAGGACGUGCCACCCCCAGGCCGACUGCAUGAAGCACAACAACAACUUCACCUGCGUUUGCCGCAUGGGCUACUACGGCAACGGGCUGCAGUGCGAGGACGUCGACGAGUGUGAGAACCGCCUGCACGAGUGUCACCAAAAGGCCAGCUGCAAGAACACCCGGGGAAACUACAGCUGUUUCUGUCUCGAGGGGUACACCGGGGACGGCUUCACCUGCCAGGACAUCGACGAGUGCCAGAAUGAAAAUGGUGGUUGCCAUGCCAAUGCCCUGUGUACCAACUACGAGGGAGGGCGAGACUGCAAGUGUAGACAGGGCUUUAAGGGCAACGGCUUCCGGUGCUCUGAUAUUGACGAGUGCACUGACAAAGGGAUCUGCCACUGGAACGCCACCUGCACCAACAACCCUGGAUCCUAUAUGUGCACCUGUAAUAAGGGCUACAAGGGCAACGGAAACUACCUGUGUCUGGAUAUAAACGAAUGCUCAGAGAAUCCAGCAGUGUGCCCUAAAACAUCUGGUUAUGAAGGCUGUAAAAAUCUGCCUGGCAGCUACCAUUGCAUCUGCAGCAAUGGCUACGAAAGCAGAGGCCAGACCUGUGAGGACAUUGAUGAAUGUGCAGACAACAUCUGUAGUAUGUUUGCAGACUGUGAGAACAUUAGCGGGUCAUACAGGUGUACCUGUCAUGACGGUUUUGAAGGGAACGGUCUGUCAUGCGUAGACAUCAAUGAAUGCAAUAGAGAGAAUAACUGUGACCCAAAUGCAGUUUGUAACAACGAGCUCGGAAGCUAUGACUGCUCUUGUAAUGAAGGUUUUGAAGGAGAUGGACGGCACUGUGACGAUAUUGAUGAGUGUUUAACACCCGAUGUCUGCCCUACUAAUGUUGCCUGCAUCAACACUGAUGGGUCGUAUGACUGCGAGUGUGGCAGUGGCUAUUACUACAACAAUUCUGAGUGCCUGGACCAGGAUGAGUGUGCCAUGGGCCGAUGCAGCCCCAACGCUAUCUGCACCAAUUUUCCUGGCUCUUUCUCUUGUCUGUGUAUAUUCGGGUACAAGGGGGAUGGCAUCACCUGCGUGGAUGUAGAUGAAUGCUCACUGGCCCAGCAGUGCCACUCUAAUGGCAUCUGCAUGAACCUCCCUGGCACCUACAAUUGCAGCUGUCAGGUGGGCUACUCUGGAGAUGGGGUGAUGCAGUGCAGCGAUGUGAAUGAGUGUCUGGUGGAUAAUGGAGGGUGCAGGAACAAAGCUACAUGCCUUAACAACCCGGGCUCCUUCUCAUGCCUGUGCCUGUCAGGCUACAUCCUGGUCAACGGGACUUUUUGCCAGGAUAUAGACGAAUGCGAGGAACUAGACAAUCGAUGUAACGAGAACGAACAGUGCAUCAACACUGAGGGGUCGUACCAGUGCCCCUGCAAGGUCGGAUACUCUCGCCCCGCUGCAGCCAUGGAAUGCGUCGAUGUGGACGAGUGUAAUGACAAACCAUGCCACAGCAAUGCCACAUGCCUUAACAGUGUCGGGUCUUACACCUGCACCUGUAAGCGAGGUUUUAAGGGGAAUGCCACCCAUUGUGAGGAUAUAAAUGAGUGUUUGGAGGAGCGUGCAUGUCACCCACGGGCGCUGUGCACCAACAUCGCAGGGGACUUCUCCUGCUCUUGUCAGCAGGGUUUCAUUGGUGAUGGUUUCUCCUGUCGAGAUGUGGACGAGUGCGCCCUCUCCGAUACCAUCUGCCCACCCAUCUCACAGUGCGUCAACUCUCCUGGUGCUUAUGUCUGCUCUUGUCUGAAUGGUACAGUGGCCUACAAUGACUCCUGUGUGUCACCCAGUCAAGGGUGUAACCCUGCCUGCCAUCCUCAAGGGCUGUGCCACCCUUCACCUGCUGGAUACCAGUGUGUGUGCGACCUCGGCCAUGUUGGCGAUGGGCUGGCUUGCUCUGACAUAGAUGAGUGCCAAAGGGAAAAUGUUUGCCCCCAAAAUGAGACAGUAUGUGUGAAUUUCCCAGGAUCCUUUGCCUGCAUCUGCAAACAAGGGUAUACAAACAACGGGACGGAGUGUGUUGAUCUGGAUGAGUGUGAAACGGGCCAGCAGGAGUGCAGUGAGUUUGCCGAGUGUGAAAACACCAUAGGCAGCCACCUCUGCUUCUGUCUCAGCGGCUUCACAGGCAACGGGAAAAACUGCUCUGAGAGUGACCUGUACCCGUUUGGAGACGAAGUCGGUGAUGACAGAGUGGAGGUGACUACAGCGGAUGUAAACUCUCCGUACAUCACACCCCCAAUGGGCUUCCCCUUUAUGGGUAAAUUAUACGACAGGGUUUAUUUUUCUGAUAACGGGCUCGUCCAGUUUCAGUCCGUCACUGAGAACGACCAACUUCUGCUUCCUCUCCCCUUCCACAAUGGUUUUCAUGGCAAUGAGAGUUUGGUUUUAGUGGCGGCCUUCUGGGAUGAUGCUGACCUCACCCUCGGGGACGCCCAGCUGCUCUAUCAGGAAUACCAUCAGCUGAAUGUGUCAGACAUCUACUCCCAGAUAGUUUUCAACCGUACGGCGGACGACGUCACAGAGUUCGAGGAGCGGAGGAACAAGCUGCCCUUCACCCCCGCCUGGAUCCUGAAGAUCACCUGGGACCGUGCGAGGCCCGUCUCCUUCCAGGUCAACCAAUCAGAGACGAACACCUUCCAGUGCAUCCUGACCACGGACGGGCUCCGCUCCUUCGCCCUGCUGCGGUACGGGGAGAUGCAGUGGGGUCCUGGCCGGAGAGUCCACCACAACGCUCUCAUCGGCUAUACAAACGGACAAAAAAACUUUCACAAUGAGAUCACCGACCCCCCGGAGAACCUGUUUGGCCCCGGGGGCCGAUACAGGCCCCAGCAGGUGGUGGGCACCAUGAGAAAGCCAGGCCAGCUGGUGUAUGAUCUAACAGGCCAGGAGAGGGGAGACCCGGAUCCCCGUCUCAGGUGCCAGGUGUGGGCGAUGGCGGAGCCUCACCCUGCGGAGUGGGCGACGGGCAUUCCUCCGUGCCCCUGCACCCGCACCCAGGCGGUGGAGGACCUGGCCUUCAGACCGGAGACGCUGCCCACCGAUCAGACCUCCAGAGUGAAGAGGUCCAGGGGUCUGCGCUGGGGGGCCAGCAGGGGCCACGCCGUCGAGUCCAUCCUGUCCAACGAACAUGGGUCAGGGAAGAGGUGUGUGUACGACCCCCAGGGUCCUCUGCUGGCCGGGUACAGCGAGCGCUACUUCUCCGGACAAACCACACAGAAUCAUUUAGAAAAGGAUCUCCUGCCGUUCGAGUGGUGUUGCAUCGAGUCUCCUAUGUGCCACCUUUACCUGAGCAAGCGACCUUUGGACCGUUGCCAAGGUUACGACUGGGACACCAGUGGCGUCUCCAGCCCGACCAAAAAGACAACACAGGGUGUCGCGAUGGUGUACGGCAGCCUCCAUUUCAUCACCUUCGACGGGACAGAGUACUCCUUCAAGGCCCUGGGAGAGUUUGUGAUCGUGCGGCUGUCCUCCACCACCGGCUCUAAUAUCUUUACCCUGCAAGGAGAGACCGACAGGCUGCAGACCGACGCGCAGCCCAGACAGGUCCCAGUGGUGGUGCGCAUGGCUGCCUUCCACCAGGGCAUCGGCAAGGUUGAGUGGAGGUGUGCCGAGGAAGGAGAAGGGCUGCAGCUUCUGGUGGACGAUGUUCAGGUCCCAGUUUCUGUUGGUGUCGUGCACAUGGGCGAGCAGGGCUUCGCUGUGCGCUGUCUGUCGAUGAGUCGCUGUGCGGUGGUGUACGCCGGCGGGCUCCACGUGUUGGUGUGGCGGACGGCGGGCUGCAGCCAGCUGGCGGCCAUAGUGGAGGUACCCCAGACCUUCUACAACCGCACGGUGGGCCUGCUGGGCCUCUGGAGCUCCAACCGCACCGACGACUUCCUCAUGUCCGACGGCAGGCUCCUCCCCUUGCCUGACCUCAACCCCCCCGCGGAGGAGAGCCUGCAUCUGUUCGGCCUGUCCUGGGCCGUCCCGCUCCCAGAGAGCCUCCUGUCCUCCACAGCUUCAACGGUGUCGUUGGUUCCUGUCUCCGCCGAGGACCUGCUGGCCGGCGUGAGCCUGGCCGAGCUGGACGAGCUGAAGGAGACCUGCGAGGACAGCAUGCAGUGCGUUUACGACAGCCUGGCCUCCGGCAGCCCCGAGCUCGGCCUGCAGAGCCUGGAGGCCCAAAGGAAACACUACAGACUGGCUCAGACCUUUGCCAACAUGCCUCCCAUAGUGACAGAGCCCACAGUGAUCAGGGGGAAAAUCAACUCGACUGUCAGCGUGCAGGUCAUCGCCCAGGAUGACAACGGAGACCCGGUCACCUACUCAGUGGUCUUCCCCGGGCCUCCACAGACCUUCAUCGGUCGCAAUGAUGGCCUCCUGACCUGGACGCCCCUCAGCACGCAGCCGGAGCAGCUGAUCAUCAGCGUGAGCGACGGCCUCGUCACCUCCCUGUUCACCCCCCUCCUGCAGGUCUGCGGCUGCCACAACGGAGGCACCUGCCAGUAUGACAGCAUCACGGAAAACCACCUGAAGGGGAAGUUCCAGGUGGUGGGCUGUCUCUGCCCGAAGGGAUUCAGCGGGAAGUUUUGCGGGAACGUCACGGAUGCCUGUCGAGGGAAGCCGUGUUUUCCAGGCGUGGCGUGCCAGCCGGAGCCAGAGCCGGAGCUGUUCACCUGUGGACAAUGUCCCAAUCACACCAUCCACCACGACAAACCGGGAUACAAGUGUUUUAAGAACGACCUCUGCCUGCCUCCCUAUCGUUUCCCCUGCCACGAAAUGGCCGACUGCUACAGCACAAAGUACAACUACACCUGCCAAUGUAAGCCUGGUUUCACUGGAGACGGACACAACUGCACAGAUAUAAAUGAAUGCCAGGAGCCUUCAGCCUGUCCCAACGCCAAGUUUGAGUGUGUGAACACGCCCGGCUCGGUUCACUGCUCCUGCAGAUACCUGGACACCGUGGAGUCUGAUGGCUGUGGUGACUCUGCCAAUCCCCCAGGGUUUAAUGUGUUUAACGUCUCCGUGGACUGGAGGGUUAAAAGAGCCAGUGGGGAUGCACUUAAACAGCUGGAGACUAUUCUGUCCAUGGGGUUCAAGAACAAAUUCUACAAUGCCAGUAUUAAGGGGCUGAGCCAGGGCUCCAGUGAUGGUCUGGACGAAUACCGGAUCAACGUGUCCAGCGACACGCCGCACUGGUACGUCCAGGACUACCUGAGCCGAGUCAGCACCUACUACGGCAUGAGCAACGUGGACGUCGGAGAUCUGGACGAGUGUAAGGCCAAGGAGGCGGUGUGUGUCCAGCCUGCCCUCUGCGCCAACACGUACGGAGGCUACAGGUGUGUGUGCAACGGCACGACGGACGUGGACGACACCCAGUCCUGCAUAUUAGACAAGGGGGACGAGGUGAACCAUCUGGCCCUGAUACUGGGCCUGGUCCUGGGCAUUGGCAUCCCCCUGAUCCUGGCCGUGCUGGUCUGCCUCCUGUGCCUCCGCAAGAGGACCAUCACUGGAGAGUUAACGCACUUGCAGUCAGAGGACGUGCAGCAGCCUUACAUGCCUCCGCCCUUCAACUACGACGACCAGGCCUUCCACUACAGAACCCACUGCAGCCCCCGAAUCGCAGCCAACAGACACCGCCGAUAACACUCACUGAAACACACACACACACUCACAUGUAUGUACAGAUCGUAUGCACACACACAAAAGCACAUGCACAAAUGCACACUUGCAAGUACUUCCAUGUUUUGAGAACCCCUGUAUAUGUUUUAUAAAGUCAAGAUAGAUGAGUCUUAUUUAUACUUGUAACGAACGAGUGAUUAAACCUGAGUGACUUUUAAAGUCAAUUAUUUCCAGCCCUCUAAUGCUGAGCAAUGGACCUGCCAAGUUUGAGCUGCAAGUUUUUCGCCUGGACAACAGUUUACACUCAGCGUCUGACCCAGCAAAAAAUCAACAGUCUUUUGGCUGGAGAUGUUGAUGAAAAGUAAACCACUGCAGUGGCGCUCGGCUUCCAGCUGACAAUGAGCCAACUGCCUCCUUGAUAGCAUCAUUAUCAUUUGCCAGAUUACCUGGCCUCAGGCUCACAGUUGCAGUUCAGAUUUAAAGCACCAAAUGUGUUAUCACAAAAUAAUUGAAGAGCUCUGGUCCAAACUGCCAUGCAUCCACUCUGAAAAUAAAUAAAUAAACGAAUGAAUAUAUAAAUCAGUGCCUGCAGUUAAUCAUUCAGUAUCUCUAAAACACACAGGAUCCAAUCUGUGAACAUGUUAUCAGUUUAUUAACUGAAGACGUAAUCAGCAAUGCUUCACACAGUGCCAGAAUUUGUUUUCAUUGUGUGCUGCUGGUCAUUUUGAAAGAGUAGGUGGUAAAAAAAUCUGAAAAAUAGUCGAGAGGUUCCAAAAUCUCGUUUUUGGAAUGAAACUCUUUAGUUGUUACUCGAGGUAACACAGCAGAGUUGUUCAGUGUUUCAAAUGGCAGCGGUCUUUUGUAAACCGGUGAUGUUGCUGUGAGUAAAACUAUCUGUAAAUACAAUGUGUAUCAUUAAAAGUAAGUGCCAUUUCAUCAA